AGGACCGGCAGGCGGCAGCAGCAACUACGGCGGCGGCGGCAGAACCCAGCAGUGAUGUGGAGGUGGAGACCCACAGGAGCCCCGGACUUCACCUGAGCUACCUCAGCGGUCACCAAGAGUGGCAAGAAAAGGAAGAAAGCCCUGAGUUGGGAGGGACCAGGAUGCCUGACCGGGACAGCUAUGCCAACGGCACUGGGAGCAGCAGUGGAGGCCCUGGAGGUGGUGGCAGCGAGGAGGCCAGUGGGACAGGGGCAGGCAGUGGCGGGGCCAGCUCAGAUGCCAUCUGUAGAGACUUCCUGAGGAAUGUGUGCAAGCGAGGGAAGCGUUGCCGCUAUCGCCAUCCAGACAUGAGUGAGGUGUCCAACUUGGGAGUAAGCAAAAACGAGUUCAUCUUCUGCCAUGACUUCCAGAACAAGGAGUGUAGCCGUCCCAACUGCCGAUUUAUCCAUGGCUCCAAGGAGGAUGAGGAUGGCUAUAAAAAGACAGGAGAGCUGCCCCCUCGGCUGAGGCAGAAAGUGGCAGCCGGCCUAGGCCUGUCACCAGCUGACCUACCAAAUGGGAAGGAGGAGGUCCCAAUUUGCCGUGACUUUCUCAAGGGUGACUGCCAGAGAGGAGCCAAGUGCAAGUUCCGUCACCUGCAACGGGAUUUUGAGUUUGAUGCUCGGGGUGGAGGCGGCACUGGUGGUGGGGGUUCAACAGGCCCCGUUCCCCCAGGACGACGUCAUGAUCUCUAUGAUAUUUACGACCUCCCUGACAGGGGCUUUGAGGACCAUGAACCAGGCCCCAAGCGCCGGCGAGGUGGAUGCUGCCCCCCAGAUGGUCCACAUUUUGAAUCCUAUGACUACAGCCUCGCUCCACCCCGAGGGGUGGAGUGCAGACUGCUAGAGGAGGAGAAUGCCAUGCUCAGGAAGCGGGUGGAGGAGCUCAAGAAGCAGGUCAGCAACCUGCUGGCUACCAAUGAAGUACUGCUGGAACAAAAUGCGCAGUUCCGCAAUCAGGCCAAGGUCAUGACCCUGAGCUCCACUGCACCAGCAACUGAACAGACUCUGGCCCCCACCGUGGGUACUGUUGCCACUUUUAACCAUGGCAUUGCCCAGACUCACACUACUCUCAGCAGCCAGGCUCUGCAGCCUCGCCCCGUGUCCCAGCAAGAACUGGUGGCCCCUGCUGGAGCUCCGGCUGCUCCUCCAACUAAUGCUGCACCUCCUGCUGCCCCACCCCCCCCACCCCCACACUUGAACCCAGAGAUCGCGCCACUGUCAGCUGCUCUGGCUCAGACAAUUGCCCAGGGAAUGGCACCCCCACCUGUCUCCAUGGCUCCUGUGGCUGUAUCAGUGGCUCCUGUGGCCCCUGUGGCUGUAUCGAUGGCCCAACCCUUGGCAGGAAUCACAAUGAGCCACACCACCACCCCCAUGGUGACUUACCCCAUCGCUUCCCAGAGCAUGCGAAUCACAGCCAUGCCACACUGAUGGGGCUAAUGGACACUCCCCUGGUAUAGUCUCCCAGGGCUGGAGUUGAGGGGCCUUCACCCACUCGCCUAGUCCUCCAGGGCCCUGUCUGAAGGGCUCACUCAUGAACUAGGAUGAGAGACUGCGAGGAGUUUGCUUCUGAGAAGGGGUUGGGUUGGUGUGUUUCCUCCCACCUGCCUUUUAUGAGGCUCCUCUCGUCCAUCUUCCUUCAGGCCUCUCGGGCUUGCGUAGGAGUGCAGACUGAAGGCCACAGACGAAGGACUGACUGAGGGGCGUGUGUCCUCUGAUGGGAAUUUGGGGGACAUCCUUGGUCUUGUCCUCUUUUCUGCACAGCACAGGUUCCAGCACUGGCUUUGGAAGAAAAAAAUACCCUGCCCAGAGAGAAAGCCAGGAAAGAAUAGGAAGUGGGUGGCCAGGAGAGAAGGCCUGUUAGGAGCCUUCAGAUAGUUUGGGGCCUAGUUGAGUUGGACAAUACAGGAACUGCUCCUGGGCCUGUGGGAAGAUGGGGACCGUAGUACUCCAGCCCAAAGACUAGGGGAGCAUUCAUUACCUUGGCUUGACCUGGACAUCCAGAGGGCAGGGCCAACCACGUUCCAAAGAAAUAAAAAAAGUUAUUUUUGACAAAGGAGGCAGUGAAAACUUGCUUAGAUAUUCUUUGUGGAAGAUGGGAGCAGUAAAUAGAUGUCAUGCCAAAAUGGAAUAAAGACCCCAUUCUCACAUAGCUUGGGUGAGGAUGGAUGAAGGCCAGUGAAGAAGGGUAGGAGCCCAGAGCAAGAUCACAUGGGGCUUCAGGGAAGGUACUUUGUGGGGUAAAACCAUUGGAGCCACCUCGUCUAGUUUAACAAUAGUCCCAUCCAUUCUGGUUUCUGUCUGCAUGUACUAUCCCCAGGUUGCCUUAGUAACUAGGGCUCCCAGGGUCAUUUAGGGGGACCAGGUACUAAGGAGGGUGGAUGUGCUGGGAAAUGGGAAUGGGAUAUGUGUCGACAGAUCCUUCCCUUAUUCAAACAGAGCAGGGCAGGUGGCAGUUCCUCUCUGAGUUGUUGACAGCAGUGUCCCUCCUACCGCAUCCUUUUCUCAGUUCCCAGUGCCUUAAGCCUUCAAGGCUUAAGAGGUGCUGGGGAAAGGAGAGUUCUGGGGACACAAGCCUUGGGGUUCAUCCCUUACUUCCCUCUGCUUCCACAUAGGACCACAGAAGUUUUAAAUCCAGUUAAGAGUCAAUAAGGCCAAGGGUCCCAGUAGCCAAACCUCAGUUCCUCCUCAGCUCAUGGCUGAUGUAGGGGAAACAGCUCAGGGGAAUAGUCUAAUGGGACAGUGGAUUUGGGGGUAGAGAAAGUGAUCCUGAUUUAUUCUUCCCCCAUCAUAUCUCAUGCUACCUCUUGCUCUUGUUUGUUUGAUCAUUCAGUAUACACCUGGGAUUGGAGAUGGUGGGCUAAGUCAAGGCCAGUCAUUUUUAAAAAGGGGAGGGGGUGCAAAAGACUGAAGAUGGGCAAGUACUGAAAUACUGUUUGUGGAUUCUAGAAGCCACACAUUGAUAAGCUUAAUGUUGAUUUUCUGAUAUAAUUCUGGAUUAUUAAAGAGAUGGUUUAUGAGCAUUUAGACAAAUGUGAUCAUAGAUACCAACAUGAAUUUGUCCUAGCCAAACUGAUGAGCUAACUUUAUUUUUUUUCCAAGUAUCUCUAAAGAGGUAGAGUUGGGAAACUGUAGAUGUUGUAUGUAUUUUUUAAUGUGGACCAGCUAAAGACCACCAAGAAUAUACCUACAGUUGAGUAAGUUGGAUGGAUUUAACACUGAUGAUGGAGAGAGGACACCAUGUGGAACUAUAGUGUGUCUUGCAAGAGGAUGUUAGAAAGGACCUAUAGGACUUGGACUUUCAUUGAGUUUGGAGAAGGUUCAAGGAAAUAAGAGCUUCACUCUAAACUGGGUGCUGUUAGGGAAGCAGGGAAAAUUGUAUGAUUGGGUAUCUUAUCUAGAAAAAGGACAGACUAAAGUGAAGCGGAAACUGCAAUAAGUAAUGAAGCAGUAGUCACUCGUUAGC